AUGCCUUCUUCAAUUGAAAUAUAUAACACUCCAGUUAAAAAAAAUACAAAAAGUGAUAUUAGUAAUAUAUGUAUAUUAUUGAUAUUGUAUAUGUUACAAGGAGUACCUAUGGGUUUCUCAUCUGCAAUAGCAAUAAUUAUACAAAAUAUGCAUCUAUCUUCAUAUAACGAUCAAGUAUGUAAAAUAAAAAUGAUUUUGUUAUUUAUAAAUACCUAGUAAUAAGUUUAAAUGAUAAUGUACUUUUUAAUACAGGCAAAAUUUAGUUUUGUCUCAUGGCCAUUUAGUAUGAAAGUUUUAUGGGCUCCACUGGUAGAUUCUCUGUUUAUUAAACAAUUUGGACGUCGGAAAUCAUGGCUCAUUCCUGUCCAAUAUUCUUUAGGUAAGAAUAUAAUUAUUAUUUAUUAUCUAAACCAUUUAAAUUAAAUUUAAAAGAUUUUACAAUAAAUUUUAUCAAUUUUCAAGUUCUAAGUUCUCAAUUUUUUAAUUAUUAUUUGUGAUACUCAUUACAGAAUAGAAUUUCCAAUGAAGAUAUACCCAUUACAAUAUUUUCUCAGACAAUAAAGAUAAUCAUAUUCUGUUUUAAUUUUUUUUUAUAUUACCUUCAGAGACAAGGACUACAAAUAUUUAUAUUUUAAUUAAAUUUUCAAGUUUUGGUAAAAGAAUUUAAAUUUAUUAUUUUCGAUAAUUUCGAUAAUGUAUCAACUUUUUAUUUUUGUUAAAUUCGUGAUUUUUAAUAAUUUUUUUAAAAUUCAGAGUAAAAGUGUUGAGUCAUUUAGUUAUAAUAAUAAUAACCAAUUAGUGAAUGCGAUAACAGUCUGCAGCAUAAUUAUAGGUACAUUUUUAUGAAUUUUAAAAAUUUCUAAAAAUCACGAAUUUAAUGAAAAUAAAGUUUUUACCAAAACAUGAAAAAUUAAUUAAAAUAUAAAUAUCUGUAGUCCUUUUACCUGUGAAUAAUAUAUAUAUAUAAAAAAAAACAGAAUUUGAUUAUCUUUAUCUUUGAAGAUAUAAUAAUGGGUAUAGAUCUUCAUGGAACACGCUGUGUAACUCAAGAAAAAAAAUAAAUCAAAGGUUUAUUUUAAAAAUCAGGUUUUCAAAAUAUUCAAAUAAAUGUAAUGAAUAAAAUGUUCAUUGUUUAUUUUAAUCACUAUACAUCUGCAUAUGUAAUAAAAAACCUGUAAUAACCCAAACUGGUUUUUUUUUUGUAUAACUGCAUGUGUACACCUUUGUAUUUUUUUUUUAAAAUGACUAAAAAAUUCAAAAGACUUUAAAAGUAGGUAGAUACUGUUAAAUGUUGAUUCAUUAAAAUGGCUACAAAAAAAUGUGGUAAUGUGAAAUUGAUUCUUUUCAUAAUUUAAAAUUAAAGCAGUACUUACCUAUUUUUAUUUAUUUAUUAUAAACAUCUUUAAUUAGCUAGUUAAUUUUAUUAUUACAGGUAUAUUUUGCAUCAUAACUGGUUCUUACAUAAACGAAUGGCUAAUUAAUGCUACACAACCACAAAUUAAUAAUUUAACUUGUAUGUUUCUUAUUUUAAAUUUUCUUGCUGCUACUCAAGAUAUUAUUGUAGAUGGAUGGGCAUUAACAAUGUUAAAAAAGUUUGUUUUUAUUAGUGCUUACAAAAAAAAAGUAUCUAAUAAGUACCUUAUAAAAUUAUAUAUUUAUUAUUGUACACACUAAUUUUUAGAGAGAAUAUUCAAUACUCUGCUAUGUGUAACAGUGCUGGGCAAGCAUUGGGAAUAUUUCUAAGCUAUAUUCUCCUUAUCAUUCUGAUAUCUGAAUCAUUUUGGAACAAAUGGUGGCGAACUGUACCUUUGCCAGGUGGUAUAGUUACAUUGCAAGGUAAACAUUUUUGGUAGUACCUAUUGCCCAUUUGUACAACUAAUGUGUUCUAUUAAACAAAAUAUAAAAUAUUGUAUCUGUGAUGUUAUAAUUAUUUUUAUCAACAUUAUUUUAGGGUAUCUAUACUUUUGGGGAACAAUGUUUAUGAUUAUUACAACUUUAGUGGCUAUAUUUAAACCUGAAAAAGAUAAUUGUACUAAAACAGAUGAUUUAAAUAUUGGUAUGGUUAAAACUUAUAAAUUACUUUAUAAAAUAAUGCAACUAUCCAAUAUCAAGAAAUUAGUGAUUAUUUUAUUAACUAUAGGAGUAAGAAAUAAAAAUAAUCUAAAAUUAGAAAAUGUGCAGUUAAAUUCUUGUAUUAUUUUGUAAUUAACAAUUAGAUGAGUUUUAGUUCAGUCGAUGCAACAUUCACAUUGAAACUUAUAGAUGGUGGAGUUUCUAAAGAUGAAAUUGCUGCUAUUGAAUUUAUAAUUAUUGGUCUGAAUAUCUGUUUACCAUUUAUUGUUAUAAAAUGUAUAUCUCAAGGAAAACCAAUGAACAUUGUUUUGAAAACUAUGAUAUGCCGGUAAAUGAACGUUUAUGAUAUUAUGUAUAUUAAUAUAUUAUUUUAUUUAAUAAUUAAUUUUGAACAAUAGUUGUUACAUAGUGUUUAAUCAAUGCAAUUGAACUUAUUUGUUUUUUAUGCGUAUAAUAUUGUAUUCUAUAUAGUUAUUCUGGAUAUUAUUUAUUCUUGGUGUCCCCAUGUGCUUAUCCAUAUGUCAGCCAGAUAAUUUGCUGUCAGUUUAUUAGUGUUCUUUUAGCUUUUGUGUUAGUUAAAGUAGGCAUUGUUUAUUUAUAAUUCACUAAGCUUUUAAAUUUGUUGCUUUUCUAAGGCAUGUUUCCUAUUCUAACAAGGAAGUAUUAAUUGUUCAUAAUUUGUGUUUUAAUUUUUUACUCAGUUACUCAGUACUUGAUUUCAUAAUCACUUAUAUAUAUAAUAAUAUUAAAGUGGUUUGGAUACGGAACAUGUUUUUUUUACCUAUAGAAUAAGUAGGUACUUACUCUAACAAUUAUUUACCUUUAAAUAUACACCAUCAAUGUCAUAUAUUUAUUUUACUACAAGUGAUAGACAUACAUUUUUGAAAUUGCUUUAGGUUAAUAUUAAAAAGACAAGAUACAUUUUUAUCUAGUCUCUCAAGUUCAAUUUCUAUACUACAGUUUUAUCCAACUUAAAAUUACAACUACUGAAAAGUAAACUACUAUAAAAUACUGAAUAUACACAAUAUGUUGGUAAAUAAUUAACAAUUACAUUUUAUUUAAAUAACAUUAUAACAUGAAAUUUGUUACAGUUAUAAUUUUGUACUUAGUCAUCCUAUUAUUUUCCUUAAUGCAUCUAAUAUCUUUGGAGGACUGUUAUGAUGAACAGAAAGAGAUAAAUGUAAAAAUUAUGUCUAUUUUGGCUGAGUUCGUUUUAGCGUACAAUUUUACAAAUCAAUAAUAAUUUUUCAUAUAUUUUUCAGGUUGAUAACUGGUAUUAUUGUCACAAUUAUUACUUAUGUUACUCCAUAUUUUAUAGUUCAAACUGGAGGAUUAUUUAUUAUUUACAAAGUAAUUAUGGUGAUGAUGUAUAUUUUGCACCAGGUAAGAAAAUUUGCAUUUUUAUUUGUUUAUUAUUGGCUUUAAUUAAAAAAUUUAAUUCAUAUUUAUUAUAUUUUUUAAUUUAUUUAUUAUUGUAUAAAUUAAAUAUAAAGCUUCAUUUGUGUAUUGAUGGAUAAUAAAUUUACCAGUUUUAAUUAACUAUUUAUUUUAUUAUUGAUUUGCAUAUAUAUUAUACAUGUAAUAUGUAUAUUUUAAUUUGUUUUUGGUUUAGAAUAUGUUAAAAAGAUUAAGUUAAUUUUAUUACAGUCAAUGAUUAUUGUUAUGGUUAUAACAAUAUUAGAAUUUUUCGCUAGUAUUUGUGAUGCACGAAUUGGAGGCACAAAUAUGACACUACUGGCUACGGUAAUAAACUUAGGAGCCACGGGAAGCAAAACUGGUGCUUUGUGGCUACUUGAUUUCCUAACUUUUAAGCAAUGUUCUAUCAAUCCUAAUAAAUUGUGUUUAUACAAAAAUGAUACAAAUGUAAAAAUAUAUUACAACCAUAAAAUUAUAAAUGUUCAUAAUUAUAAUUUAUGUUUCUUCUAUAUAGGUAUGUAAUUCAACUGAUGAAACUUGUCAUGUUUUUAUUGACGGGUUUUACAUUGAAACUUUUUUGUGUACAAUUUAUGGUAUAAUAUGGUAUUGUGCUUUUAAAAAGUCUAUAAUUACCCUGCAAUCAAAACCAAUUGAAGAAUGGCACGUGGCGAAAUUGUAA